UUGAUUCGCCCAUUUGGGUAAUUAGAGGCAUUUCUUCUUGCUGACGACAUGCAUGUGACAUGUGCCUGUGUCAGCCGCUAAGGAGGCAGUAAACAUGUUUAUACCUGAGCAGGGGAAGGGACGUGGAUAUAGAUGUAUUCCUCGCUCUCUGUUUAAAGGGGAUACAUUCCACUAUAUGGCAAUAAAAAAAAAAAAUUAAUGUUCCAACGUCGUCGGAUUCGUGAGAGCCUGUUGGUGUCGGCAGGGAAUCAGAGCCUCCCGUGUGCUGCUGCAGCAAAUGGCAACUUGUGCAGUUACCAAUUACAACAGUGUGCUUGAAGCAAAUUCCGAUUCGGAUGAUGAAGACAAAUUGCACAUAGUGGAAGAGGAAAGUGUUACAGACGCAGCAGAUGGCGAGGGCAGCGUUCCAGAAGAUGACUUGCCAACAGACCAAACAGUAUUACCAGAAGGCAGCGAGAGCGGAAAGGGGAGCACCAAAACUUGCUGGGAGGAUGAAGAAGGGGCAGACUGCUGUGAUGAGAUCCUGGGGCCUGAAGCCGAAGCUGAUGAACUUGGAGUUAAAGAUGAAGAAUGCGAUUCAGACCUAGAAAAUGAACAAAACCAUGAUCCCAAUGUUGAAGAAUUCCUACAGCAAAGCGACACUGCAGUCAUCUAUCCGGAAGCGCCAGACGAUGAGCAGAGGCAAGGAACACCAGAGGCUGUUGGUCAAGACGAAAAUGGAACACCAGACGCAUUCUCCCAGCUCCUCACCUGCCCCUAUUGCGAAAGGGGAUACAAGCGCUUCACAUCCUUGAAGGAACAUAUUAAAUACCGCCAUGAAAAAAAUGAGGACAAUUUCAGUUGCUCAAUGUGCAGUUACACCUUCGCUUAUAGAACCCAGCUUGAUCGCCACAUGACCUCUCAUAAAUCAGGAAAAGAUCAGAGACAUGUGACGCAGUCUGGAGGCAACCGUAAAUUUAAAUGCCCUGAAUGUGGAAAAGCUUUUAAAUACAAACACCAUCUAAAAGAACACUUACGAAUUCACAGUGGAGAGAAGCCAUACGAGUGCUCAAACUGCAAGAAGCGAUUUUCUCAUUCUGGUUCCUACAGUUCCCACAUAAGCAGUAAGAAGUGUAUUAGUGUUGCGCCUGUGAAUGGGCGCGUGCGUUCAGGGCUGAAGACUCCCCAGUGCUCCUCCCCUUCCCUUUCUGCUUCUCCUGGAAGUCCCGCUCGACCACAGAUCCGUCAGAAGAUAGAAAACAAGCCUUUGCAAGAGCAGCUUCCAGUUAACCAAAUUAAAACCGAACCUGUGGAUUAUGAAAUUAAGCCUAUCGUGGUGGCGUCAGGAAUCAACUGUUCAGCCCCUCUGCAAAAUGGGGUGUUUACUAGUGGUAGCCUUUUGCAGGCAACUAAUUCUCCUCAGGGUGUGGUACAAGCUGUUGUUCUGCCAACUAUGGGUCUGGUAUCCCCCAUAAGUAUCAACCUUAGCGACAUUCAAAAUGUUCUUAAGAUGGCAGUUGAUGGGAACAUAAUAAGGCAAGUGUUGGAAAAUAAUCAUGCCAGUCUUGCAUCCAAAGAACAAGGGACUCUCACCUCCGCCACAAUACAACAAGCUGGCCAUUCUGUUAUUUCAGCUAUUAGUCUUCCUUUGGUUGAUCAAGAUGGUACAACCAAGAUCAUCAUUAAUUACAGCUUAGAGCAACCCACUCAGCUUCCCGUUGUUGCUCAAAAUUUAAAAAAAGAAGUGACUGCUCCUGCAGAAGUCUGCAAAACGGAGAAGUUGCCUGAAGAUCUCACCAUCAAAACUGAAAAAGAUACUAAGUUUACAGACAAAAGCACUUGUUUACUUGGUGCCGAUCAUCCGGGAGACACAAAUGCACUUCAAGAACCCAAGCACUAUGAUCCGAAAAAGAACAGUCUACUUCCAGAGAGUAGCAAAGCUGAAGUGAUCAAAUCCGAGCCAUCUUCUGCCAACUCUGAAGAUGGCAAUCUUACUCCAAGCCAACCGCCGUUAAAGAAUCUCUUAUCUCUUCUGAAAGCUUACUAUGCUUUAAAUGCUCAGCCGAGUGCUGAGGAACUGUCUAAAAUUGCUGAUUCAGUAAACUUACCACUAGAUGUGGUAAAAAAAUGGUUUGAAAAAAUGCAGAGCGGAGAAAUACCUGUGGACUCAUCUCAGCCUUCAUCUCCGAAACCCAGCCAAAACAGUGUUACAGAGAACAGUGUUAAAUCUAAAACUGAAAGUGGAUUAAAUGAUGGCACAAGCGUUCCGCUGAAAUCCCCUAAGCAAGAAGCGGAGGAACCAUUAGCAGUUAAUGGUUCAGAAAGUGGCACCGCUUCUCCUACACCACUAAACCUCUCUUCUUUAGAAAAUUCGGAUGGUGCGGCCUGCACUGAUGGAACCCCAGACGGGGAGCAACAGGCUGAGCCUCUUGAUCUAUCCUUACCAAAGCCACAGGGGAAUGUGCCAGAGCGACCUUCCAUUACUAGUGUUUACCAGAGCAGUUCGUAUUCUGUUCAAGAAGAACCCUUGAAUUUGUCUUGUGUUAAAAAAGAGCCAAUGCAAGUGGACAAUGCCGCAAAAGCAGAGACAACUCUAAUUAUUAACCCAAGUGCCAAUCCAAUAAAUAUUGCUAUUCCUACAGUCACUGCCCAGUUACCUACAAUUGUUGCCAUUGCCGAUCAGAACGGUGUUCCAUGUUUAAGAGCUCUAGCUGCCAAUAAGCAAACUAUCUUGAUUCCCCAAGUGACGUACACUUACUCAACCACUGCUAGUCCUGCAGUGCCAGAACCGCAAGUCAAAAACAUCCAGCCUAAUGGAAAUCAGGAUGAACGGCAGGAUACAAGUUCAGAAGGAGUGUCCAAUGUAGAAGAUCAAAAUGACUCUGAUUCCACCCCACCCAAAAAGAAGCUGAAAAAAACAGAGAAUGGACUCUAUGCCUGUGACCUCUGCGACAAAAUCUUCCAGAAAAGCAGCUCGCUGCUAAGACAUAAGUAUGAACACACAGGUAAGAGGCCACACGAAUGUGGAAUCUGUGCAAAGGCAUUUAAACACAAACACCAUUUAAUUGAGCAUAUGCGCCUACAUUCUGGAGAAAAGCCCUAUCAAUGUGACAAAUGUGGGAAGCGGUUUUCACACUCCGGCUCCUACUCUCAGCACAUGAACCAUCGCUACUCUUACUGCAAGAAGGAAGCUGAGGAACGAGACGGCAUGGAGCAGGAAGAGUCUGCUCAGGAGAACCUUAGCAACGAGCAUGUGGAUUCCCAGGUAUCUCCAUCUCAGAUAGACUCUGAUGAGCAAGAGAGUAUUACCCGGGAGGAAGACAGUGAGAAGGAAGAGGAGGAUGAAAAAGAUGCAGAUGAUGGACAGGAAGAAAAGGAACGUGUUGGAGAUGGGGACGUGGAAGAGGGAGAAGCAGAACCAUUGGCAGGUACUUUGAAAGAUGAAGAAUGUGCAGCUGAAGACAAAUGUUUGGAGGAAGAGGUCACAGAAGAGAAUGUAUCGGAUGAAGACCUCACUCAGCCGUAGCAGAACUCAUUCUAUUUUCCCGAAGAGGAAAAUUCUUUUUGAAGUUAUAAUGAAGUUUAUUCUAUAAUAUACCUGCUUUUUCUCUGAAACACAGUAGCUUAAAUACUGUGAUUUCUGUUUCACUACUGUGUUAAAAAAAACAAAAAAAACAAAAUCCAGGUGUGCCUGAAUCUCAAACUUAGACAUUUUUCACAGCAAUUUUAAAAUGUAGGAAACAAGUUUGUUACAUGCAACGUCAAAGAUAUAUAUAUAUAAAUAAUGACUUGUAAGUUAAGAAAAAAAAAAAAGGAAAAAAAUUCAGGUUUUAAGGAACCUAGUCAUUCUGCUCAUACACAUAUCUGGAAACCUUUAUUUUAUCAGUAUUACGUUUCAUUUAUUGUGUUGGUUAGUUUGUACAUUUGGGAGAAAAUUUUAUCUGUUUUUUUUUUUUUUUUACUGUUCAAACAUUUUACUAAAGUCCGCUUCAGUAUUUUAUUUUAUAAAAAAAAAAAAAAAAAUGUGAGUAUAACUGCACUACAGAAUUCCUUUUACAAAUAAUGCAUAUUCGUAUUUUAAAUGGAACCACUGCCUUUGUACUCCCACCGAGAGGUGCACGGGCAGAGGAUAGUGUUUGCAAAUUAUCAUUUACAGCAGAAUUUUUUUUUUUAGCCUUAAGACAAAAGUGUUGGGGGUGGGGGAAGAUUUUGGGGAGGGGGUAAAGGGUGUGUUUUUAUUGAUGUGGUUAAAUUGAUGUAUUAGAGUUUUUUGAUUGCAGGGAAUAACCCAGUUUGAUGGGCUUUCAGUUGCCUACAGAGGUUGGUCUUGAACUCCAAGCUUUGCUGGAAGUUCUAGACUAUCUUGAAGGCCCCAAACCUGGACUUACCCAUUUAUACUGGGACAACAAAAAAAGAAAAGAGCAGUUCAUAACUGCUUGAACGUGUAGAAUAUGAAGGAUAUGAAGCUAUGUAUCUCCUUUUGGCCUUAUGCAAGACCUCUGUGCUGUUAGUGCCAUUUUCAGUAUUCGAAAAGGCUUACGUUUGCCUGCGUUUUACUCUUGAGGGUGCCCACCGGGUGUGCAAUGCAUGACAAUCCCUUCUGGCACUCUAAGGGUUCAUGGGGGGUCUAUAAUAACUAGCAUUUGUGGCCUGAUAAUAUUUUUUAAAAAAAAAGUAACUAUAUUUCCAAACUUUUAUUUUGUAUAUAAAAUCUGUUCUUCUGUGUUAAUGUUGCUUUUUGUGUUUUGAUGGGAAACUGAAGCUCUUCAGCACAUGCAUUCUUCUUUCUUGCACAAUUUUUCCCCCAUACCUCCCUAUUGUCUGCCACUGUCCAGGGUAUGGGUGGAGCUAACUAUCAGGUGGGAGGGGUUUGGAGCAGAGCAGGGAUGUUAUUAUUGGACAGAUAUGGAUUAAUGACAAUAGCCUGUACCAAUAGGAAUGUUGGGAGGUAUUCUUUCUUGGAAUAUAUUCAGUCUUGCCAAUGUUUUCUCCAUAAAAUGCUAAUUAUUAUGGACCUCGUUUAUUAACGGUGUUAGCUAAGAUUACCUAUCAGUAUUAUUUGACAUUUUUAUUUAGUUUAGACCGUGCAACGUUUGUUUUUUUUUUUGUACUGUAUGUCUUCAAAACCCGGCAGUAUUAAUACCUACCCCCUUCCUUCUUACUGACGUACCCUUUUAGUUUUAGAAAACUUUUAUAUUUAUGUGUCUUAUUUUUAUAUUUCUUUAUUUAUUACACAGUCUCUAGUGUAUAAAACUGUAGUUUGUAUUAAUACAAUAAUAUAUUUUAGUAUGAAAUUUUGGAAAGUUGAUAAGAUUUAAAAAAAAAGUUAAAAAAAAAUCGUAGAGAUCCAAACGGCGCUCUCUCUCGCAUUGAGAUUUGAUUUCACAGCGUUACGUUGACAUUUUUACUUGCCUUGGACUGUAGAAGAGGUAACUUGAGACAGGAACGUAUGUAUUAGAUUCACCGUUGCUGCAGACAUCUUGCUCGCUUAUCUGGUUUUUUAAUAGUAAAAACAGAAAAAAAAAACUCCCAACAUUUUGGAAUUUACUAUGGGGCGGCGUCGUUGCUCUGCAGUUGGUUUCAGGACGCCACAUGCACCCCAAUGGGAAUGGUCUCUAGCAAAGCCAAAUUAGAAAUCUGCAUUUUACAAUACAGUAUUGGGAAUUUGGGAACAAUGUUUAACAUUUUUGUGCCAAUUUGUUCCAGUAUUCAUGUUUUUGUUUUGUUUUUUUAUUCUAUUUGGGGGGCGGGGCAUGGAAAAGUAAACAAAACAUAAUGUUUUUAUGUUCAUUGUUAUAUCAUCGUCAUUUUCUAGUUUUUUACCAAGCUCCCUAUCUCACAAUAAAAUGCAUCAACCAGU